AGAAAGCCUUUUUUUUCUUUUCUCUAAAAAAAAAAAACUAAUGGCUUCCCAAAAAGUUAUCACUGUCAUCACUACUUCCUCCGAUAUCUCCACCGGAGAUUCACACCCGCCGGCGAAUUGUCCGAAAGGACACUGUUUGUGCUCUCCGACGACCCAUCGAGGGUCGUUCAGGUGCAGGUACCACCGUACCUCUGGUGAGACAACAAGUACUGCAUGGUUCAAGAGAUCAAAAUCCAUGCCUGUUAAUAAGAAUAAUAAUAAUAAUAAUUUGUCAUCAAUUUCUCCUAAAUCAGUUCAAUCUACUUAAUUAAUUACUAGUAAUUUGUACUUUUUCCUAUAUAUAUGUUUCAGUUUUACUGGAUAAAUGGAAAAGUACUUGUUUUUUUUUCUUGAA